AUGUACAAAAAAGUUGAGGAACAGAUCACGAGUGCCCUGGCUUAUUCAGUGGACUUCACCAACGUAUCCAUUGACUUCAGGUUCUACUCACUGACGCGGUUUCCAAAGGUACUUGUACGAAGUAGGGUGCGCUACCAUAUUGUUGAUGGUCAUAUAAACUGUACGUGUAUGUUGUUCGAGUCGGAUGGAAUUCCAUGUCGACAUAUAUUUGCAGUUAUGAAGCACCUCAACAUACCAUGCAUUCCUGAAUCUCUUUAUAAGGACCGGUGGAAGAAGGAUGCGAAAAACACGAUUGGGUUAAAAAAUUUAUCCCACUCAACGGUGCCAUCGGAUGUGCUAGUUUGUACAAGAUGGGGAUCUUUAACUUCGCGUUUCAAUGCAAUGGGAUACUAUGCCACAAAACAUAAUGAAAAUUUUGAAGAGGCAAUGAAUGAAAUGUCACGUAUGGAACACAAAUUUAAGCCAAUGUCAGUGGAGGUCCAAUCUGUAGACCAAGUUUCAAAUGUGGCUCCUACUAACAGCAGCGAUCACCCCGCCAACAAAGGAAUCCGAGACCCAACUGUGGUAAGAACGAAGGGGAGGGAAACAAACAAGUCAAAAUCAAAAGAGAAGGACACAGAAAAUGGGAGAUCCAGGAAAAAUAGGUGUCGCAACUGCAACUAG